UACUGUAGCCUACUGUACCUCCAGCAGCACUGCUCAAGGCUCGCAUUGGAAGAGUGGAUGGGAUAGAAAAAAAAAGAAACCACAGAGCCCAAAAAAAAACCUCCUGCUCGUCUCGGGACAGGAGUGUUACCUCUUCUUGCGAGGAAAGAGAGUUGUUUGCUCCCGUCUCUUCUCUCCUCUUCGUCGAUAUUUUAAAAAAGGGGAUCCCCUCGAGUGGAGUGGCGAAACAUCGGCGACAUUCGUGUUUAUUUCCUCUAGUUGAGCUGCAUCGGUUAAGCAGUCGGACGAGGCAGACUUGCAUUUACCUAGCCAUUUGGAAAACAAGGUGCCCCGACUGGCUACUCGCACCAUUGAAAAUUAAACGCUAUCGUGCCAGCUACACAGAGAGCUACGUUACGGCCUGGUGGAGAAGCAUGUGAUGACUCACGCAAGGCAGAAGGGUUCCCUCCAGCAGAGCCACAGUAGCACUGAGUGGUGGGACAGCUGCCCUCUGUGGACACAUGGUGGCACUAUGGGUGGCGCCUGGCCAGAGCGCUCCCUACGAUUCGGUAGGACAAAGAAGAUAAGCGAGGUCAUCAAGCAACGGAAAGUCAUGGCCAAGAAGGUCAAUGACAAGAGAGGAAGAACCGAAAAAUCAGAUCAGCACAAAAAGCCGGACCGGAGGUGCGACAAGAAACGCAACAGGAAGUCGUAUCCUUUGCGGGGGAGGACUGGAGGCUCAGAUGGAGAGGGGCUUAGUUGCCACGUCCUCCUCACCCGAUUGGAGGAAAGCAUCCGCGAACAGAAAAGUUCUGAAGAAAGGGAGAGAAAGAUGUCUCUCAAACAAAAAUCCAGAAAAGGGAAAAGCGGCAGUGAAAGAAAAGAAAAACAGUUAUCACCAAAAACUAAAUCAAAGUCGACUAGCCCAAGUCAAAGCGAGUGUAUCCAUGUCCUGCAACCACGCAAGCGGCGACUGGCCUCUUUGAAUGCUGAAGCUGUGAACAGUCUACUGCUUGAAAGAGCCACUGACCCUCAGCCGGCAGCCAAACAGGCUAAGAGACAAGAAGAGCCCAUGAGUGGAGGAGGUUCUCUGGAUGCAGAUUCAUCCAGGAGUGGCCUCCAUGGAGGUCCGAAGGCUUCACGAGGAAACACCGGUAAAGCCUCCACGUCUCACAAACUUGAACUGUGCCAAAGCUCUAAGCAGGUCAAGAAGGCCAAAGCCAACAAAGGAGAGGAGAGCAGGGGGAUGAGUCUGGAGAGUCUGCAUGCUCCCGCCCCAAGGCGCUUGGCUGGUCUCAACGCCGCAGCCCUGCUGAAGUUAACCAGCUCGUCCGCUACAAGUAAACAGAGAAUGAAGGCUGCACCCACAGCUACUGUCACAUCAGACGGCAAGGCUCCGGCUGCGGUCCCCACCCCAAAACAACACUCCAGAGUCAAACACAAAGGGCGAUCACAAUACCAUAAGGGGAAAAAGGACUCUCACUUGCACAGUGGCUGUACAGCUUGCAAAAAGAAGGCGGAUUUUGAGCCCAAAGUGGAGUGGGAGACAGGCAGCUGCACUCACAGACUGACCAAACCCGGCUACCAGUCACGCAGCAUGCUAGCAUACCCGCUAAAGCAAGUGAAGGAAGAGCAGCUGGAAACCGAACUGAGCCCGUACUACUGCUGUCCCCCAGAGGGCUCAGUGGAAUACUGUCACCGCUUGGCCUUCUUCCUAGGCCAGCAACCUUACGGAGAGUCCGACGAUCAGCCACUUAACUCAGCCAUGACCCCUGUGAAGCGCGAGUGCCUCGUAACCUCACCGUCCCUGACGCAUUCCCACCCGCAUACAGCCUUGACCCUCAGCCCCCACCCUUGCCUCUGCACCGCCGACCACUGCUUCUCUAGCUACUACGUUCACAUCGCCCAUCCGACACACACUGGAACAACGUCAGCAAGCCUGGCCCCGCGACCUCUGAACUUUUCCCCCUCCAGUUUGUGCCCUAAUCAGAUGACAGGCUCCAAGCUGCUGGGUCCGCGGAUGUCCCACUCUUCGGGGUUGCCCCAUCCUGCCUACUGCAACACGGUGACUUCGCCCUGUUACGGUGAAGCCUGCGGGAUCAGCGGCUACACCUACAGAGCCAUGCCUCCCGUCACCAGCAGGGGUUGCUCUUUCAGCACAGGAUGCACUGGAUGCACGCACAGCAUCAAAACAGAGGGUUACACCUCCCCUCAGGGUGACCACAGCUCCUCCCUUCUGGUUCCCCCCUCCAUGCCCAUCUCCAGCUGCCCUUUAUCCAGCGUUCCCACUUCCACCCAGGCUAAACCCCACCUGCUGACCCCGCUGUCGGGGCGAGACCAGCCCCAGGCCAGAUUAAAGCUGGCCAGAGAAUGCCCGCAGAGCACCAAACCCUCCAACGGCUCCCUGUCCAUGGGCCGCACACGGCUGCCCCAGAAACAGCCGUCGCCCGUGCCAAGCCUCAGCAGUGCCAAACAAAAGAGAGUCAGCCGCAGACGUGCCACCAAUGGCUGGCGGCCUGUCGGGAUGCCCACAGAGAAGGAGGUUUUUAUUGCGGGAGAGGAUGAGACCGCCCUGCGGCAGUGUUAUGAAGGAGUCGAGAGGGACGGUGAAGUGAUACAUGUCAGAGACACUGUGCUGCUACGAUCAGGCCCCAGGAAGAAAUCUCUCCCAUAUGUUGCCAAGAUAUCAUCACUGUGGGAGGACCCCAAAACAGGAGAGCUGAUGAUGAGUCUUUUCUGGUACUACCGACCCGAGCACACCCAGGGAGGCCGAGAUCCCAGCGCACACUGUGAGAAUGAGAUUUUCGCCUCUCGGCAUCAGGAUGAAAAUAGUGUGGCCUGCAUAGAAGACAGAUGCUACGUUCUCCCAUUAGCCCAGUACUGUAGAUUUUGUGCCUUGGUGAAGCGGCGAGCCGAGGGCGCCCCACCUGGCAGCGCCAGCGUGGUGCCCUGCUGCCCCGACUUCGCACCCCCUUCCCACCGCUGUGUGCCCACAGAUGUCGACCCCGAGCUGGUGUAUCUCUGCCGGCAUGUCUACGACUUCCGCUACGGACGCAUCCUGAAGAACCUGCAGUAGAAGGAGAGGUGGCAUCAAACCCAUGAAUUAAUCAUCACCUAGCUCCCCCCCGCUACACAGAGAGAGGGGGUUGAAGGACUGAACACCCCUGUGUUUUCUGUUGGGCACCUCACCAUACGAGGGAAGGGGGAUGUUGGGGUCUGGUUUUGUCAAGGGACAGAUGAAGCAAAAAUAGUUUGUGACACCUUAUGAAGCACAGAUCCCUUUAGAGGACUAACGUGGAGUUACAACGCGAUGAAUUGAUCCAUCUCAGUCAGAGCACCAAUAUUUCCUGUUUGGGAAGAGGAAGGAAGGGAGAAUUCAUUUAUCAGCUUGGAUUUUUUAACUUCCACCACACUCAGAGGUUACAUGGACCAUUACCAAGCUUGUGUAUGCCCCCCCCCCCCUCCCGGCCCCCUUUCCCCUCCCUCCACACACCUUUGCCUGCCAGGAAUGAUGAGUACCAGGCUGGACUGGACUGUUGUCAGUACUGCAUUUCCCCUAAAGCAUCUUAGCAUAACAAUCAUGUUUGUUCCAUUUGUAAGCCAAUGGCUCAGGGAUGGUCCGGCGCUAAGGUGCUUCCGGAGGAACACAAGCCUGCGCUGUCAGCUCAAUGUUAACGCUGUUCAACCAUCCAGGGUGAAGGAGCAGCUAACGGAGAGAGUCGUCUUAUUUCUCCUGAUUUGAGUUUGUCUCAGUUGAAAGAGCGAGUGUGAGAGUGAGUGUUGUCAGUGUGGAUAAAUGGAUAAAUGUGGGUAUGUGUGAUGGUUUUUUUAGGCGGCUUUCAGGCAAUCAAACCAAACAAGCAGCUUUAGAGGAAGCAGAGCUCUCUCCCUGUCCUUUCUCCUGUGUGCCACAGCACACUGACACUGAUAGAAACAUUUUCAUCUCGAACAAUGCUCUGCGCAGUCUAAAAUACUGUACAUGAAGGGGGUUUGUCAGACAGAUCUUUCCUUACCAAAGUCGACUCUAGAGCAGGGCUUCUUUAACUUGGGAUCAGGACCUUUAAAAAGGCUUUAAACUGGUUUUAUUCAUGACAAAAGCCCCAGCAGACACAGUCCUGGCUUGAGGAAGCUUUGUUCUAGAGAGGCUCUUCUAAGGGUCCAAUAGGGAGAGCCCUUACUGUUGAGCCCUGUGAAGGUUUAUGAAGAGGAGGGCCAUUGUUCAUGGUUAUUAUUUUUUAGUUUUCUCUUAUAUUUCUCCAUCUUUGAUGUUCCCUGUGACUUGCCUUAUGACCUGCAGGUAGAGAUUUAGGCAGCUAGUCUCACCAUGUACAACUAAAAAGUGGUAGAACAGGUGUACUGUAGUCCCAAGAAAUAGGGUUUGGUCGACUGACUUGACAGCUGUGACACAAUCACUGGAGAUGCACAUUGAAAACGCACUGUUUUAGGGCUGCAACUAAUAGUUAUUGUCACUAUACAUUUUCUCAGUAAAUGAGUUGAUUAUUUUGACUAUAAAUUAAAAAAUGCCCUUUUUUGAUUAACCAUUCCCAAGGUGACAUCCUCAAAUAUCUCGUUAGGUCUUAUAACAAUCCCACAGAUAUUCAUUUUAAGAUGUGUAUGUAUAAGGAAAAAAAGAAUGAAAUCUUUACAUUUGAGGGCAUUUUUGUAUAGAAACUGACCAAAACAAUUAGGGCAAUUCAUUUUCUGUCCGUUGACUUGCGUUGCAGCUCUACAGUCGCACCAAAUGGUUUUAUCCCCCAUUGCCUCUGUGAACAGUGCACUUUUCACAUCGUUGAGCUGCUGCGCUGUAGCUGCUCCCCUCACUGCUCCCCUCACUGCUCCCCUCGUGUCCCAAAGCGCCAACAACUUCUCAGAAAUGUCUGUUCUACUCGCUCUAACUCUAUACCACACACUGAUUUCUGUUCCUCCUCCUCCUUUGAAGCUUCCCCUCCCCCGUCAGAUAAACCAAAGGAUGUCACACAAGCCAGAGUCCCUGUCUCCUCCCUCGCACUUCUUCUCCUUGUCAGCACUCCAGCCCUCGUUCCCUUGUUAUAUUGCACUAAUCCAUUCCUUAAUUACAACAAACGUGUUCAACUUUUUUUUUUUUUUUUUAAUGUUCCAGCUACUAAUAUCUUACCGGGGGGAACAUACUGUGUAUCAUUUAUGUGUGUGUGUGUGUGUGUGUGUGUGUGUGUGUAUGUGUGUGUGUUUUGUAGAGAAGGAAACAGUAAGGAUGUCAUGGCUGCUUUUGUCAGUGCAAACUGUAUAUUUCUUCGCCAGUAUAGGAGUCGGCCAGCAUGUGUUCGUCAUGUUACCUGAUGCACAACCUGUUGAAUCCCAUGGAAUUUAUACAGUAUAUGUAUAUAUAUAUUUAUAUAUACAUACAUAUACAUAUACAUUACUAGAGUCAUUCCAUUUGAAUCUUUCAAUCAGCUCUUACAUACUUAUAUAAAUAUACAGUAUAUAUAUAUGUAUGUAUCCACAAUGUUAAUGUGAUUAGAUUUCAACAAGGCAUCUGGAUGGAGACCUUGACUCGUUGUGCGGACAAACAUAGCACCAUGUUAGAUGUAUGUUUGGAUU